AUUGAUAAUUUAGAUCUCUACGCUCGCUGAAGAUAGAGGAUUUUUCAACCGAUAUUAGCGAAAUCAGUUUCAAACACUAAGAAAUGGCGAAGUCGUUUUUGUCACAUGACUAAAGAUGGUGUCCUCGUCUCGUUUUCUGGUUUGUUUCCGGUCAUCGACUGUCAUCGACAGAACAUUAAAAAGAAGUAAUCAUGACGGAAUUAUCGUGGGAAGAUAAAUACAAACUAAUAACUCGAAACCUGGCCGAAUGGUUGGGAGACGAUAAACUGAAAACGAUUCUGAAAGAGCGAAAUUUAAAAGUUUACUGGGGCACAGCAACGACCGGAAAACCUCACAUCGGAUAUUUUACACCGAUGUCGAAAAUUGCUGAUUUUUUAAGAGCGGGAGUCGAAGUGACAAUUCUUUUCGCUGAUCUCCAUGCCUAUUUGGACAAUAUGAAAGCUCCCUGGGAUUUAUUGCAACUUCGAACUCAAUAUUACGAAGCAGUAAUUAAAUCGAUGCUAAAAUCCAUCGACGUUCCUCUCGAUAAUUUGAAAUUCGUCAAGGGAACCGAUUACCAGUUGUCCAAAGAAUAUUCUCUGGAUCUCUAUCGUUUAAGUUCAGUUGUGACUGAACAUGAUGCAAAAAAAGCCGGUGCCGAAGUCGUGAAACAGGUGGCAAAUCCACUCAUUUCUGGAUUAUUGUAUCCAAAUCUCCAGGCUUUAGAUGAAGAAUAUUUGAAGGUUGAUGCACAAUUCGGCGGAGUCGAUCAAAGAAAAAUCUUCACAUUUUCAGAGAAAUAUUUGCCGGCUCUCGGAUACGAAAAGAGAAUUCAUUUCAUGAAUCCUAUGAUUCCAGGAUUGGCCGGAGCGAAAAUGUCUUCAUCAGAAGACGAUUCCAAAAUCGAUCUUCUCGAUAACGCGGCGUCAGUGAAAAAGAAGUUGAAAAAAGCUUUCUGCGAACCAGGAAAUGUCACUGACAAUGGACUUUUGGCCUUCUCGAAACACGUUUUAUUUCCCUUGAUGAAGGAAGGAGAAUCGUACUUAGUUCCAAGAACUGCUGAAUUCGGCGGAGAUAUAAGUUUUGAAACUUUCGAGGAACUUGAAGCUUCCUUUAAGAAAGAAGUAAUUCACCCGGGAGAUCUGAAGGCCGCGGUGGAAAUUUACAUCAAUAAACUUCUUGAUCCGAUCAGGAAGGAAUUCAAUGAGGAUCCGAAAUUAAAAGCUCUGAGCGCCAAGGCUUAUGCUGCUCCUCAAAAACCAAAGCCAGUGGAUGAAAUUGUUCCAUCAAGACUGGACAUCCGAGUCGGAAAAAUCACGAAUGUCGAAAAGCAUCCGGAAGCAGACUCGUUGUACGUGGAAAAAAUUGAUGUGGGAGAUCCAACUGGCGACAGAACAAUUGUCAGUGGUCUUGUGAAUUUCAUACCGAUCGAGGAAAUGAAGGACCGAAUGGUUGUAAUUUUAGCCAAUUUGAAACCGGCGAAACUUCGUGGGAUUGAAUCUCAUGGCAUGGUUCUAUGCGCCUCUGUAGAUGAACCGACUAAAGCAGUAGAACCCCUGAGACCUCCGGCAGGAAGUCUUCCUGGGGAAAAAAUAGUCGUUGAAGGAUACGAGUCUGGAAAUCCGGACGAAGUUCUCAACCCGAAGAAAAAAGUUUGGGAAAAAUUGCAGGCGGAUCUCGUCGUGAAUGGAAGUGGGGAAGCAAGUUGGAAUGGAAAUCUCCUUUUAACAAUUUCAUCUUCAGGGAAAGUAACGGCCGACAGUUUAAAAAACGUUCCUAUUAAGUAAUUUUCAAAUUGAAAGCCUUCUUUUUUUAUUUAUACUGACUUUUCUAGGCCUUUUUUCAUUUUUCACUUGGAGCAAUCAAUAAUAAAAAUAGUUUUAUUUA